CGAAAUUCGGAAUGCAAAACAGAAAGGUCCCUAAUUGUGGUUCUCGAUCUUGUUCAUGCCGGUAUGUGAAUCACUGUUACCGGUAUCUCUUUGCCUGUAGCUGUACGCUCCUCUGAUGAGAAGGUCCUGAAAACGAUAAGGAACACUUCGUUACGGCUAAACUCGGGUCCUUGAUGUUGGUGCCCCAUUCGCUACAUUGAUUGCAAAAUGUUUGUAAUCUGAUAAUGAGGAUAUUUUGAUCUUCUCGACUUGAGAAGUAAGUUACUGAGUUCAGUACAUGUAGGAGACGUACGUUACAGUUCACCUGGUUUGCUGGACUUGUACUAGUUUGCUUCGCAUCGCGCUGAGAAGCAUUCAAGCCGAAGCACCUGCCUGGCGCCUAGUAGCCCAAGCUCUGUACUGGUCUUCGCGCUUGUAGUCAGCAGACUCGAUCAGUUUUUCUCAAGACUCGGAGCAGUCCGUACUGGUUACGCUCAAUGGAUAGCACGUCAAGUUGUUAUACAGUGCCAUGUAUCUCAUGGCCGCCAUGAUCACCCAGUGAAGUCGAGGAGUGGAUUUGGAAUUUACUAUUGCCGUAUUCAAGGUAUUGCCAAAUAAUUGGCACAUUGUCGAUGCGAGUCUGGGCAGCUGGGGCCCUCGUGGACAUCUGGUCACGACGGGCCAUGAAAUAAAUGUCGGCGCUCAAGCGGUCCCGAUUUGUGCCGUUUAGAACCGACAGACGUGGGUUCCUCCGCUUGGCUAUUGCUGCGCUCGCACUAAUCGGCAUUGCUGCUCCUCUCUGCCUCCAUGUGUGGAGCACGAGCCCUUAUGGGAGAGACAUACAGCAGAAAGUUGAGCAUUAUGUCCGGCAGGAGAACAUCUGGAUAACGCCCAGGAACGAGCAGCGGCAUGCUCUGACCAAAGCUUCAUCUACCCAGUCAAGCACAACGCCAUACGGUCCCAGCACGGCAGCUAAACUGCAUGACGAGAUGGCAGGUACCCGCGCUGGACUGUCCCAGAGAAUUGGUACGCCAGUACGACACACUGGCGAAGAAAGCCACCGAACAGGAACUGUGGAUACAUCGAGCCAAACAGCUAAGCCAACGACACCAUAUCUUCCCGUCACCAAUCUAGCAACGCAACAAGCUCCAGAACGAACCGGCACAUCGCUGUCCAAAGCCGAGAACUGUAGCACGCAUUGGCUGGGCAAGCAGUACCGUACCGAGGCGCUGUGGAAGCCAGCCAUCCACUGGUCGCAUCCACAGCAGGUGUUUCACUUCAGUAGUGGCCGUGACGUUCUCUUCCCCUCCUCCUGUGUAAGCACAUCGUCGCUGGAAGACGAGUUCCGCUCGUGCCGUCGCAAGUUCGUACUGGUGCUGCGCUGGAGCAGAAUUGGCGGCACAGACACGUUUGCUGGAUCAAAGCAUGAUCUGCUGCCCUUCGAGUGUUGCACUGACAGCGGUGUAACAUGGCUGAUGACGGGCAACCGAUCGCGACUAGCCGACGCCGACAUUGUAGAGUUCUAUCUUCUCAACCUACCGGCCAGGCUUCCAGAGCGCGGCAAGCCCGAGCAGAUCUUUCUCCUUUUCUUCAUGGAGAGUCCGGUUUGGAAGCACUCGAAGGUCGUGCACGUACUGAAGCAUGCCGUUAACAUUGCGCGUUCCUAUCAUUUCUCUGCACAUCUGUACACAUCGUAUCCACCUGUGCCGGGUGAAUGGGCGGCCAGAGCAAAGUUCACGCUCUCGCUAAUGCCGAACCGGUCACUUGUGCCGUUCGCCGAGCGAGUCCCGAAAGCCGUGGCGUCUCUUGUGAGCAACUGCAACGCGUACAACAAUCGUACGGGUGUGCUGCGCUCCCUGAGUCGACUAGUGGAAAUGCACAACUAUGGCAAGUGUUUCCAUAACCGCAACCUGCCGAAAGAAGACAACCAGUGGAACAACGUUCCGUAUUCUCUGAGCAAGUACAAGCUUGCUUUCUCGCUGGAAAGUGCGCUCUGUACAGACUACAUCUCUGAGAAGUCGCUGCGCUAUCUGAUGCUCGGCGUCGUACCCAUCGUGUCCACGUGGCGAGGUCGACCGGAUUACGCUAAACGCAUGCCCAACAAUCACUCCUACAUUGAUCUGAGCGACUUCGAUUCCGCUCAAGAUGUAGGCAGGUAUUUGGAACAUGUCAUGUCCGAUGAGAAACUCUUCAACGCCUUCCUCGCCUAUCAGUCAACAGUAAAGGGAAGUGUGGGCGUUUCAGACGAGUUUUCCAGACUCUGGCUCACUCCUCGCGCCGACCCCGAGGGUUGGUGCCCCCUGGCCCAGAAGAUGGUUGAUCCAGUAGCCCGGGAACACCUGCGACGGGGAUCGCCAGACAUUGAUCUGACCUGUGCACCGCCACAUGUACAGUGGCAUCAUGGCCGGCCGUUCUGAAGUUUGAUACUCCGUCGGACGAUUUGUUAUCAUCGUUCUCAGUCUUGCUGGACUCCGACUGGAUUGGAACUUUGUGAUUUGUUUAUUGUGGCUUUUGCUUUUUGAAUAUAUGUGUUAAUACAUGCGU